UUAAGAGAUAUGGAUGUGGAGAGGGAAGCUCUGCAGAGCACCGCCUACCCUGAAGUGCAAACCUUCUGCCAGAAGCACGGCUUGAUGUUUGAGGUGGUUGAUCUGAGGUGGGGUAUUCAGAACACUGAGGCCACUGACUACCUGACCACGGAACUGUGCUUGGAGGAGGUCGACCGGUGUCGGAAAACAUCCAUAGGACCUUCUUUUGUCGCCCUCAUAGGAGACCAGUAUGGCCCCUGUACACUCCCCAUGCUGAUUGAGGAGAAGGAGUGGGAGGCACUGAGGGCCCAGCUCACAGCCAGGCCGAGUGACCUGGAGCUGGUGGCACGACACUUCCGGAGGGACGAGAAUGCCAUCCCUCCCACCUACAUCCUGCAGGCACUGAGUGCCAGGGAGGCCUGUGGGCCUGAGGAGUCCACCCUGACAUCUGUCCUACGGUCUGGAGCCCAGGAUGCCCAGAGGCUGGGCCUCAUCACCCAGGAGCAGUGGCAUCGCUACCACUGGUCAGUCAUUGAAUGGGAGAUAGAGCAAGGCUUGCUGAGCUCUGAAAACGGGGACCAAAGAGCCACCAUCUUCCUUCGAGAGAUCCAAGACCUCAACAAACAUAUCCUAGAAGACUGUGCCCUCAAGAUGGUAGACCGGCUCCCAGACGGCUGCCUGGACACUGAUGCCCAGAACCUUCUCAGCAGCCUCAAGGGGCGCAUUGCCAAUGCACAGCCAGGAGUCCUCAAGGCCCACCACCUGCCAUGGAGCCGUGACCUGGUGAACCCCAAGAACAAGGCUCAUGCUCGCUACCUUAAGGAGCUGAGUGAGCAGUUUGUGGCCAGGGCCAAUCACCAGGUUCUCGAACACCUCCGUGAGCUGGAGGUGGCCAGACAGGAGUUGGGGUGGCUCUAUCAGGAAAUUCGCCACCACCUUUGGCAGAGUGCGGAGGCCACCCACACCUUCUGUGGACGCCAGGAACUCCUGGCCCAGCUCGGGCAGUGGCUCAGGCAGAAUGACUGUAAGCCCCACGCCCCACUGGUGCUCUUUGGACCUCCGGGCAUCGGAAAGACAGCCCUGAUGUGCAAGCUGGCUGAGCAGAUGCCAGGGCUGCUCAGCCACAAGACAGUGACUGUCCUGCGGCUGCUGGGGACAUCACAGCUGAGCUCAGACACACGCAGCCUUCUCAGGAGCAUCUGCUUCCAGGUGUGCCUGGCCUACGGGCUGCCCCCGCCCCCUGCCCAGGUCCUGCACGUACACACUAGAGUGGUCCAGUUUUUCCAUACCCUCCUCCACACAGUCUCCUGCAGAAACUUCGAGUCUCUGGUGCUCCUGUUGGAUUCCAUGGACGACCUGGACUCCGCCCACCACACUCGGAGGCUCAGCUGGCUGCCUUUCGAGUGCCCCCCCAGGGUGCACCUCAUUCUCUCGGCUUGCUCAGGGGAGCAGAGGGUUUUGAGUACUAUGCAGCACAUGCUUAUGGACCCAGGGGCUUACUGUGAGGUGAAGUCCCUCUCGGGAAACCAGGGGCAAGAGAUGAUCCAGCUUCUGCUGGUGGCUGCGAGAAGGACACUGAGCCCAGUGCAGAGGGACCUACUCUGGGCCAGCCUCCCGGAGUGCGGACAUCCAGGGCGGCUGAGGCUGGCCUUUGAGGAGGCCCGGAAAUGGGCCUCCUUUACUGUGCCAGCCCCAUUAGCCACCACUGCUGAGGAAGCCACACACCAUCUCUGCAUCCGCCUGGAACAGACACACGGGCACCUCCUUGUGGCUCACGUGCUGGGCUACAUCGUUUCUUCCCGGCACGGUCUCUCAGAGGCAGAGCUGAAGGAUGUCUUGUCCUUGGAUGACGAGGUCCUACAGGCUGUGUACCAGGAUUGGACCCCACCCAGUAAGGAGCUGCUGAGAUUCCCACCCCUGCUGUGGGUGCGGCUUCGGCGGGAUCUGGGCUACUGCUUGGCCCAGCGGCCUGUGGAAGGCUUCACACUCUUGGCCAUUGCCCACAGACAGCUGGCCGAGGUGAUCCGAGAACGCUACCUGUCUGGGCCUGAGCGAGCCAAGAGGCACAGAGUCUUGGCUGACUUUUUCUCAGGUGCCUGGAGCCAAGGCACCAAGAAACUCAUCACCCUGCCACAUGUGGGGAAGCCCCUGAACUUAGACCGCAAGGUGGCCCCUCAGCCCCUGUGGUUCUCAGACACAGUCGCAAACAUGCGGAAGCUGAAGGAGUUGCCCUAUCACCUGCUCCACUCAGGCCGCCUGGAGGAGCUGAAACAGGAUGUGCUGGGCAACAUGAGCUGGAUUUCUUGCCGGGGUGUCUCUGGAGGCAUGGAGGACCUGCUGGAUGACUUUGAUCUGUGUGCCCCUUACUUGGACUCUCCUGAGGUCAGCCUGGUCCGUGAAGCCCUCCAGCUCUGCUGUCCCGCUGUGGAGCUCCGAGGCAUGGAGCGGAGCCUCCUAUACACAGAACUCCUGGCCAGACUCUACUUUUUUGCCACUUCGCAUCCAACACUGGUGGGACAGCUGUGCCAACAGGCCCAAAGCUGGUUUCGGGUGUGCCCACACCCUGUGCUGGUGCCCCUUGGAGGGUUCCUUCAGCCCCCAGGAGGACCUCUGCGGGCAACCCUGACUGGCUGUCACAAAGGCAUCACUGCCAUGGCAUGGGGUGUGGAGAAGAUGUUGCUGGUGAUUGGCACCCAGGAUGGCAUUGUGGCUGUGUGGGACAUGGAAGAGCAGCAGGUGAUCCACCUUCUAACUGGACACACAGGAGAGGUGAGAUGUGUGAAAGUGUUUGCCAGCGGGACCCUCGCCAUCUCUGCUUCGAGGGACCACACGCUGCGUUUGUGGAAUUUACUUUCUGGCCAAGAGAAAUUCACCAUUUGGGAUGGAGGCCCCCAAAUUCCCACUGAACCUCAGAUCUGGAGCCUUCGUGUGGAUGAAGCAAACAAGGUUGUAUAUUCAACAUCCGGCUCAAAGAUCAGCGCUUGGAAUCUGGAAACUGCAGAGCUGGUUUUCCGCAUCCUGGGAGAUGCCUCUGAUCCCUGGAUGUGCACGGCUGUGCUGGCUUCUCAGGCCAAACUGGUGACGGUGUCCAAAGGUGGUGUGGUCAGUCUGUGGAGCUCAGCCAUGGGAGAACUGCACGGGAAGCAACAUUUGUCCAGCAUCAAAGAAGAAAUACCUACCUGUGUGGUCACCGUCCAGAAACAAGGAAAGCUGGUCACUGGGUUUAGCAAUGGCUCUGUCUCUUUGGUUUCCUCCGAAGGAGACAGAUUACUGGAGAAGCUCCCAGAUGCUGUGGGGUUCCUGGUGGUCUCUGAAGAUGAGUCCCUUCUUGCAGCAGGUUUUGGAAGAUCUGUGAGGAUAUUCUUGGCUGACUCUCAGGGCUUUCACCGAUUCAUGGCCUCCGAUCUGGAACACGAGGACACAGUGGAGACGGCUGUUUUCGGUCCUAGGAACAACCUGAUCGUCACUGGGUCCCGUGAUGCACUCAUUCAGGUGUGGAGUCUUUCAGAACAGGGAACCCUGCUGCACAUCCUGGAAGGCGUCGGGGCCCCUGUGAACCUGCUGGCUCGGGGUGGGACUUUGGUGGCAUCAGCCUCUUGGCAGUCUUCAUCUUUCAAAGUCUGGGAUCUUGCCUAUGCUCAGAAGCCCCAUGACUCUGUCCCCUUUCUGGACCGCACUGGCCUCACUGCAGUGUCUCACAAUGGAAGCUAUGUCUACUUCCCCAAAAUCGGAGACAAAAGCAAAGUCACCAUUUGGGACUUAGCAGAAGGUGAGGAACAAGAUGUCCUGGACACUUCCAAUGAGGUCAGGUGUCUGGAGGUCGCUGAACAGUGCAAGCUCCUUUUCACGGGCCUUGUUUCAGGGAUUGUCCUGGUGUUCCCCCUGAAUUCCAGGCAGGACGUGAUGUGCAUCCCCCCUCCUGAAGCCCGGAAAGCCAUCAACUGCAUGUCCUUGAGCAAGGGUGAGGACCGUUUGGCCAUUGCUUAUGACAAUAUCGUCCUGGUACUGGACAUCAGCCCUGGGGACACUUGUCCAGUCAUUGAUGGGCCAACAUACACCUUUUACACCCAGCUGCCUGAGACCAUAUCCAGCGUGGCCGUGUUGGCUGACUACCGCGUGGUCUACGGCAUGACCAAUGGCGAUCUCUUCCUUUACGAGUGUGCAAAUUCCAAAGUGUUCCCCUUGGAGGCCCACAGCAGUCGGAUCACCUGCGUGGAGGUCAGCCACAAGGAGCAUCUGGCAGUCAGUGGGUCCGAGGAAGCCUUGCUGUGUCUCUGGGACCUGCAGGCAUGCAAGUGGAAACUUGAGAUGAGCUACACGAGCUCUUACUGCAGAGGGGUCCAAUGCGCGUGCUUCUCCAAGGAUGACAAGUAUGUGUUUGCAGGCUUAAAGGAUUGCUCCAUAAUUGUCUGGAGUGUGUUGGAUGGCACCCUGCUGGCCAUCCAGUUUGUCCAUGCUGUGGUAAACAGAAUCAUCCCAACCUCCAAUGGCUUCAUUGCCCCCACCAGACAUGGUUAUCUCAUCCGAGAGCGUUUCCAGUGCCCUUCAUCAAGAGCCUCACAGCAAGACCCUCUCAAAAACUUCAAGAAAGCAGUAUGGAUGGUCAAAUCCAGGCAGAGAGAAGAGCUGGCUGCAGCAGCAGGAGGAUCCCAGGACUUGGGGUCAGAAAGUACCCAGGGAAAUGAACCCAAAUUAAAUAAGCGCUCACAAGUCUGCCUGAUAGUAUAGAAACCCCCUGGGGGCAUGGGGCUCCAAUGAGUUAGUCUCAUUUAAUCUGGGUGAUGCAAAGGAAUGUAUUUGCUGGUGUACACCUGGAACUAAGGCCUCAGACUAUGUGACCCAGACAUCAUGUCUUCCCAUAUUUCCAUUCUUCUUUCUUCCUUAUUGAUCUCAUUCUCAGAACUUCAAGCCCCAGGUUAGCAACAUGGUGGCCAAGAAGCUGUUGUCUCCAAGUUCAAUAGAAAAGAGGACUUCCCUUGCCCAGCAGUUUGAACCAAAGUUGUGGCCUCACUCUGUUGGCCCCAAUUGGCUCAUAUGCUGAACCAAUGAUUAUCUCUGGGAGAAUGCAGUGCCUUGAUUGGCUGGAUGGACCCAAUGUCCACCACUGGGGUUGAGGCUGGAGUUCACUCAACCGUGUGAACUGAGAAUGAAAGAGAGUAUUCUUAGGAGGCAAACUGGGGUGCUGGUACCAGGUAAGGGGGGAUGGAUGAGUGUGAGACAGACUAAACCACUGAUGUGAAUCAGUCUAUAAAGCACCUGGUGCUGUCCUGUGAUCAUCAACACAACAUUAGGGAGGGCAGGAGUUUCUGUGUCCAUUCUACAGAUAAGGAAAUUGAGUCUUAGACUUACAAAAGUAGCUGUGAUUGGCUCCAGGCCACAAGCCCAAGUUGCAAUAGCUCUAAGAGCUAGCAGCCUUCUGCUUCAGUCCUUAUUGAAAUUCCUAAUUCCAAACUUAGUCUUAAGCACAGCCAUCUAUUCCACAGGUGGCAUACUCAGAUACUCUUCAAGGCUAGUUAAGUAAUGUAGAUGAUUUCCAUUCACUCAGGUGAGCAGCAGGAAGGGAUGAAGACUCUGGGCACAUGGGGGGCACAGGUUGUAUCUAGCGUGGGUACAGAGGCCCUGACAGUAGCCCAGAAUCACCAUGGCAAAACAAGCCCAUUGUUGUCAGAUUGAUGUAAAAAUAUUCUCAUUUUUUAAAGGCAAUUGGUUCAAAUUUAUAUCUAUAGGCAUGGUUUGGCCUGUGUGUCUUUGGUUCAGAAAUUGACUUCAAAUUUAAGAUGGCAUUAAAACAAUAAACAUAUUACAGUCAUUCCAUUCCUCUUUCCUGACUUCCACACUUUCAGGAUAAAGAUACUUUUUACUGAGUCAGAGUCUCACUCUGUUGCCCUGGGUAGAAUGCUGUGAUAUUAUAGCUCACAGCAACCUCAAACUCUUGGGCUUGAGCAAUCAAUCCUCUUGACUCAGCCUCUCAGGUAGCUGGGAUUACAGGUGCCUACCACAAUGCCCAGCGACUUUUUCUGUUUUUAGUAGAGAUGGGGUCUCAUUCUUGCUCAAGCUGGACUCAAACUCCUGAGCUCAAGCAAUCCAUCCUUCUCAGCUGCCCAAAGCACUAGGAUUAUGGGCAUGAGCCACCGCACCUAACAUAAGAUACUUUUUUUUAAUCUUAAAAACUGGAGGCUAUCGGAAGUAGACAGAGCUGCUAUCUCUGGUUGGCUUUUGCACCAUCUGCCUUGUGCAAGUUCAACACCAUCUGCCUUGUGUUUUCAAUCCUUUCUAAUAAAUCUUUCUUUUUGCCCACAGCUUUCUAAAAAAGCUCCGCUUGCUUCUGGGCUUUUGUUAUAACGAUAGGAGAGUCCAAACCUUCAAGGUGCUAUUCCUUCUCCUCUUCAUUGAAUUUCAGACAGAGUUUCAGAAAAACAACCUUAGAAACAGAGGCUUUUGAGUUGAAUGAGACCUUACUGACUAGCUCGUUCAUUUGUCUCCGAAACUGGGGUUCCAAGGCAGGCUUUGGCACUACUGCAAAUGUGAACAUUAAGUUCCAUUAAAAAAGUUUUAAA